AAAUUUUGCUACCCAAAUCUGAUAAAGAGGGUAAAAAAAUCUCUUGGUGUAAAAAAAUCUGAAAAAGCGAUGAAGGAGAUUGACACAUCUAUGUCUUAGUUGUUAAUGAAAUGAAAUAAUCAGAUGUUCCACUUUUCAUGCCGAAACUCCUUUGCGAAUUUAAAGACUCGGUGUGUAAAGAAUUCCCAGUCAGACUUCCUCCUGUAAGGAACAUUUAACACCAUACUGACUCGGCGACACGUAUGAACAUGUUGAAUCUUUCACAUUAUUGAAUGAGUUCAACCAAAUAAGCCAAACUCCUACCGAUUGAAUGGUCUGGCAUAAAGAAGUUCAAAAGAAGAAAAUAAGCGAAGGAUAUCAAAGGGAGCAGAGCCAAGUAUUGAGAAGCUGUAAAUGAACAUCACCGUGAGAAGAUACACAAAGAAGGUGACUUGGUUAUGGUUAUCUUAGCAAAGAAAGAUUUAUGAGGAGAACUUAUAACAAGUUCAAGUAUAAGAAGAUUGGUUCAUGCUGAGUCAAGAGUAAGUUGGGUGACCAUGGCUAUGAGAUCGAGUUGGUAGAUGACUUAAAUAUCUUGCGACGUUCAAUAUAGACGAUUUGUUUGGGUACCAUGGUGAGGCGUUUGACAUGCAAGAUGAAGUCAUUGUCAAUAUGGGUGAAUAGCUCUGAAGAAAAAGAAGGAAGUAGUUGGACACGAUGACUGACACUUGAUGGGGCUAAUAUAAGUAAUACAUGGUGAAAUGUAACAAUAAGCCCUAUUCUGAAUGCACAUAGAUUAUAGGCGAUGAAUUGAAAAGAUUGGAUUCAGACCUCUACUAUUUAUAUGGAGCCCCCAACUCACUGGAGUCGAGCUCUUUCCAACUCGAGGGGGAGGAUUUCAUUAAAGAUUCAUAGGGAUUGUCUUUAGUGUCUAUAAAAAGAGUGGUCGUGUAGGAGGUAGCCAUUCAACAUUUCUUUUGAGUUGUGAGUUUUCUUAAGUAUUGUACAAGAAGAAUUUUGAAUAUCAAUAUAGUUAUUUCUCUCUCUACUCAAAUAUUUCUUGUGCAUGUAUAUGUGUUCAUUUCUUUGCAAUUCUGGUGUUGAGAUCUCAUUGACUCGAUAACCAAGUUGCACCAUGUAGGAAUGGCACAUACUCCAAGUCCUCGUAGCAUUCCAUAUUGAUUAUAUUUUAUUCCUUUUUUGGUCUUUGAUCUUUAGCUGACCCCAUAUAGGUGGGACGAAGCUCUGACGAUGAUGUUUGUCUUUGUUCUUCCAUCCCCUUUCAAAAACUUUCACGGUAUCUAUAUGGAGUUUCUUUUAUUAAAAAAAAUCAUUUGCUUCUCUACCAUUGACUUCUUGACACAAGUUUAUUUCAUAUAUUUGGACCCCUUUUCAGUCCUUUUACUCAGAAUUGAUUUUUUUACUGUGUGGAAAUGUGGAGAAUGGGUGCUUCAAUUGUUGAAAUACUGAUUUGGAUCUUAUAGGAAGAGUCUGAAGAAGAGUUGAGCUGCCACCUUGGUUCUCUUCCAUGGCAAUGACUCUAGAGUCAGAUGCAGACUUUGAUGAACAUAGAAUGAAAAAGCUUUCUAAGAGUACAGUGCCCAUGAUGUGCUUAAGAGAUGGUAGUCCCCCUCUUCCAGAUGUAUCCGAAACUUCUAUGAGAGAUUUGGUGUUACAUCUUCACUUCAAUGGGUCGGUUGGAGGUGUGCAAAAUUUUCAGGGUGCAGCACAGUGCUUUUCCUUUCAGAAAAAUACAACAGUGAAGUUGACGAAUGAGCAGAUCUCUCCUGGAGUACUGUAUAUAGGAUUUUUCAAUGGCAUUGGGCCGGCAAGAACACAAUCAAAGAUGAUUAGUCGAGGCCCAUCAUACACGUUCAGAGCCGACAUAAGUAUAGAAGGAUGCAUAACCUCAACAAUGUGGGGCCCAUUUUGCAAUCAGUCAAUCAGUCAGCUUUCUUGUGUUCAAACUGAUGCCAACACAAGUAGAAGAAGUCUUUUAGAUCAUGAGAUGUACAAUAGUAGAGGCUCAGCCAGCGGUAAUAUCUACGUACGCAGCAUACAAAAUGCCCCAUCUGAUGAAAAGAAGGAAGCAGCAUUGACACCUGGUGUGUUACCGGCCUCAGAAAAUGUUGUCACUUGUACAGAUUCUCAUGAGGCUGUAUGUCUUGCAAAUGACAAGUUAAAGAUCUACUCUUUGGAAAUAGUGGACAUGACAUUCCAGUUAAAGAUUAUGGCUACAGACAUCAGAUUCAAUCAAACAUCUAAUGCAAAUGUCACUGAGAAUGAUGGAAAAAUGCUGAUAUUGUGUUAUGCUCGACAUGAUGCUAUGCCGCUGAGCACUGUUAAUGACUAUUCUGGUGAUAUAAGUAGAGUUCCUUUGAUUAUCCAAUCACCAAAGAUUGGCCGAUGGUAUAUUGCCAUUCAUGUUGUGAACCAGACAAGUGUAAAUGGAGAGAUGCAAGAGGUAUAUACAAAUGCUAGUCUGUGCUUUUCCUUGGAGUUGCAAGUGGACGGAUGCCCUCUUGGAAAGGCUGGACCAAACUGCACGUGGGAAAAGCAUAUGCUUCAGAGAGUUCUUAAGAAAAGUCCUCUUCCUUUUGAAUCUUAUUAUUUGCCAAUUGGUGAAACGAUGUUCAUGAAGUCGGCUAAUUUCCCUGUGGAGCCCCUUUUAAGCAACUCUUCAUUUGGGGACAAAUUAGAUGUUGCCUGGACUUACUUUCUUCUGGACGUUCCUCGUGGUGCAGCUGGCGCAAACAUACAUGUUCAACUAGUAUCCGAUGCAAAAGUGACUUAUGGAAUAUAUGCCAGAUUUGGUGGGAUACCGUCUCUUGGUACUUGGGACUAUUAUUUUAAUGGGACGAGCAGUAGCAAUGGCUCCAUGUUUUUGGCAUUGAAUGAUUCAAGUGAAGGAAGGGUGAAUUUUUAUAUUUUAUAUGCUAAAGAAGGAACUUGGACUUUUGGGUUGAGGCAUCUCAUUGAUAGUCGAGUCAAAGAUCAUAUUACCAUGUCUUUCGGUCUUGAGGGAUGCCCAAGACGAUGCUCUUCUCAAGGGACGUGCCAUUUUCCCGCAGAUGAAAGUGGUUUGACAUUUUACAGCUACUGCUCAUGUGAUCGGGACCAUGGCGGCUUUGAUUGUAGCAUCGAGCUUGUAACACGUCAAGGUAUGGUUUUCCGUCAUGAUAACUACAACACACCUUCAUACAUGGGACAUAUAUGGCAGUCAAUUGUCCUUAUUGCUUCGAAUGCAGCGGCCAUUCUGCCUGCAUUUUGGGCUCUUCGGCAAAAGGCAUUCUCUGAAUGGGUUCUCUUCACGUCCAGUGGAAUUUCAAGUGGACUGUAUCAUGCGUGUGAUGUAGGCACCUGGUGUGUUCUCUCUUUUCGUGUUUUACAGUUUAUGGACUUCUGGCUUUCUUUCAUGGCCGUGGUGAGCACAUUUGUGUACAUGGCUACCAUAGAUGAAGUUUCUAAGAGGGCAAUUCAUACGACAGUUGCAAUUCUUACAGCUCUUAUGGCUGCAACCAAUGCAACCAGGUCAGAAAAUAUUAUUAUUAUUGUAGCCAUUGGGAUUCUAGGCCUUCUCGUUGGAUGGUUGAUAGAGUUUUCUACUGCAAAUAGAUUCGCACAUUGUUCAUUGGGAUUCCGCUUCAAUAUACUUGAAAGAUGGCAGAGUACUAGAGGUUGGCUCUACGAUCUUAUGAAAACACUGCAGAAACGAUUCCGCUGGCCCUUCAUAUUUCUUGGGUCGGUUGCAUUAUCUGCUGCUGGAAUAAGUUGGAAACUGGAAAACAGUCGAAGUUACUGGAUUUGGCACAGUAUGUGGCACAUCACCAUGUACACAGCCUCCUUCCUCUUCCUCUGCUCGACUUCUGUAAAUAACAGUAGACGAGGCCAAUCAGAAUAUGAACUGACGCGGCAAAAUUCAUCUUCAAGAGGCAACUCAGUCGAAAAUGCAGCAUCAGCCACAACCAAUGGAUUAGGGUGACUAGAACAGGCAAGCUGUUUUGGUAGCUAUCAUUGUAACUCAUUAGCUUCCAACUGACUGAAGUGGGCCAGAGAAGAUAAAAGUGCUGAGCUCUCUCAUCAGUACCAUUGGCAGUAACACAAAAGAUACUGUCUGUGGAAGGAGUCCAUCAAUGUAAAGAAAAUCACAUACAGUUUAUAGUCUGGGGUGGAAAGGGUAGCCAGCUCGACAACGUCGGUGUUCGAUUCUUUCAUCGUUGCUGCAGGCAUAUGUUGCACGGCCAUGAAGGCUAUGGAGUUCUUGGAAUAAAGAAGAUGCCGAAGGGUUAUUUAUCAUAAAGUUAAUAAAGAGAAAUGUUCAGAUACAACGUUGUAUGGGAACUUCAACAUGGUGUUUUCUUUCCGGCUAACAUGUGAGUUUUUUUUUUAAACAUCCAAACAGUGCAAAUGGUUAGAGAUAUCAUAAAGAUCAUCCAGGAUAAAAACUGUGAUGGUCCAUUCAUCGUUUGUACAUGGGUUAUUCCAAUUUUUGGUCUUGGUGAUCUUCAUGGGAUGGCCCACCAUUUUCUCAGCUUGGAUUUUCCACUGAAGUGACACAUUAGCAGAAAAUAGAAACGCCGUAUGUUAAAGUUCCCAUACAAAGUUGUAUGUAAACAUGUCUCCUCCCACACAAAGUUGUAUAUGAACUCGUCUCCAUAUAUAUUUUUGGUGAGGGGCGAAGAUGGUGGGAAGAGAGUUAUUAUUACUCCGUCAGCACUUGCAUGGCAGUGAUGUGAGGGGAAUAGUAGGAAGCACAACCGAUGUAGGUACUGCGCCGCUAUGUGAAAUUAAGGUAAUUUGGUCUGUA